UGGAUGUAGUUAUAUUUGACUCUUAUCAACAUUAUAUAUGAAACUCCUUAUGGUUGGAUUCAACAUCUUUUUAGUGUUUUUAGAGCCACGUUGCUUCAAAUUUCUUCUAACUCCCUUGUUGCAAUAGUAAUUAAGUACACAAAUUUUGCUUAUAAGAAGAACUACUUGAAAAUAAAGGUGGUAAACUUUGAAAAUAAUAAACAUAUUUUCUGAUAUAAAAAAAAUAACCCGAUUAUUCAAAUUAGUUAAUUGUAUUUAUAUUCUCAGGCCACGAAAUAUUAACUUUAUAAGUUAGGUGGGUUGUAAGGUGUGGGUAACAUAUGCUUACCGAUGAGCGCCGAUCAACUCCGCGAGAGUGCGGCGGCGCCACCGCGCUGGAACCCAACGACGGCGUGGAACAACCAGCUCCGGCAGCUAUCGAAGCAACGCCAAUACAGAGAAGCCCUAACCCUAUACCGCCACAUGCUCCGUUCCUCCUUUUUCCCCAACACCUUCACCUUCCCCUUCCUCCUCAAAUCUUGCGCCUUUCUCUCUCUCCCUCUCGCCGCAUCACAACUCCACGCCCACGUCAUCCGAACCGGGUCCCAACCCGACCCGUAUACCCGCUCCUCCCUGAUCAAUACCUACGCGAAAUGCUCCCUCCACCACCACGCCCGCAAGGUGUUCGACGAAAUGCCAAACCCCACCAUCUGCUACAACGCAAUGAUCUCAGGCUAUUCCUUCAACUCCAAGCCCCUGCACGCCGUUUGCUUGUUCCGUAAAAUGCGGAGAGAGGAAGAAGACGGCCUGGACGUUGACGUUAAUGUUAAUGCCGUUACACUGCUGAGUUUGGUUUCUGGGUGUUCCGUCGCUACCCAUUUGACCAUUGGCGUGUGCCUUCACGGUUGCUGUGUUAGGUUCGGGUUUGUGACUGAUUUGGCUGUGGCCAAUAGUCUGGUCACCAUGUAUGUUAAGUGUGGGGAGGUUGAACUUGCGCGUAAAGUGUUUGAUGAAAUGCUUGUUAGGGAUUUGAUUACGUGGAAUGCUAUGAUUUCUGGGUAUGCACAAAAUGGGCAUGCUAGGUGUGUUUUGGAGGUUUAUAGUGAGAUGAAGUUGAGUGGGGUGAGUGCCGAUGCUGUUACCCUUCUUGGGGUUAUGUCGGCUUGUGCAAACCUUGGUGCACAAGGGAUUGGUCGCGAGGUGGAGCGUGAGAUUGAGCGGCGUGGAUUUGGUUGUAAUCCAUUUCUGAGGAAUGCGCUUGUGAAUAUGUAUGCUAGGUGUGGGAAUUUGACUCGGGCGCGCGAGGUUUUUGAUCGCUCGGGGGAGAAGAGUGUGGUUUCGUGGACGGCGAUCAUUGGUGGGUAUGGCAUCCAUGGCCAUGGGGAGGUUGCAUUGGAGCUUUUUGAUGAGAUGGUUGAGUCGGCUGUUAGGCCAGAUAAGACGGUUUUUGUGAGUGUUCUUUCAGCGUGCAGCCAUGCUGGGUUGACUGAUAGGGGCUUGGAGUACUUUAAGGAAAUGGAGAGGAAGUAUGGUUUGCAGCCUGGUCCAGAGCACUAUUCUUGUGUGGUGGAUCUUUUAGGCCGGGCCGGGAGAUUGGAGGAAGCUGUGAAUCUUAUAAAGUCAAUGAAGGUGAAACCUGAUGGUGCUGUUUGGGGUGCCCUUUUGGGUGCUUGCAAGAUUCAUAAGAAUGCGGAGAUAGCAGAAUUGGCCUUUCAGCAUGUUGUUGAGCUUGAACCCACAAAUAUAGGUUACUAUGUUUUGCUAUCGAAUAUAUACACCGAUGCUAACAACUUAGAGGGGGUUUCAAGAGUUAGGGUCAUGAUGAGGGAACGCAAGCUUAGGAAGGAUCCUGGAUACAGCUAUGUGGAAUAUAAAGGAAAAAUGAACCUUUUUUACUCGGGGGAUUUGAGCCAUCCCCAAACUAAGCAAAUAUAUAGGAUGCUAGAUGAAUUGGAAAGUCUUGUGAAGGAGGUUCAUCCACCAAAUGAGAAAUGUCAAGGACGGAGUGAAGAGCUCUUAAUUGGUACAGGGGUGCACAGUGAAAAAUUGGCAAUUGCAUUUGCUCUCUUGAACACUAAGAGUGGAACAGAGAUUACUGUCAUGAAAAACUUGAGAGUGUGUGUUGAUUGUCAUUUGUUUAUUAAGUUGGUCAGCAAGAUUGUCAAUCGUCAAUUUAUUGUCAGAGAUGCCACACGCUUUCACCAUUUCAGAGAUGGAAUCUGCUCUUGCAAGGACUACUGGUGAAACCAAUACAACACUAUUUCUUAAACAUUGGCUUUCAAUACAGCACAAUGAUGUCUGACCUCACCUUGGUGGUUGUUGCUGUUGGUGAGUGAGGAGGACUGAGGACAAUGCAUCCAUGUUGAGAAAUUCUAUAAAUAUGCAUGACACAGUCAUUUAGGAAAAAAAAGAAAAACAUGUGAGACUUUACAGCUUGGAAAAGGUCGCCACUAUGGUGCAAGAUGUACAAUGGUUUUUUACUUUCGAUUAUAUACCUGUCUCCGUGAGAGACAAUCCUAUUUGGGUAAGAAUAUCUAUAGCAUGAUGAGGCUAACUCUUCCAAUGAAGAUUUUGUUUUCGUAUACAAGACUCAACCAGAGACCCUACUUAGAGAAAAUCAAGCAUGUACUACUUAAAUCAAUCACCGGUUGGUCAAGUGCAAUUUUUAGUGCAAAGUUGACUGAUCACGAUCAUGUUUUGGACUCUGGUAAUAGAGCAUACUGCUGUAUCGAAUACUGGUUUUGGGCAUAGCCUCACUUGUAGUCACAGUAAGAGGGUGUAAAAACCAAUCUGAUGUUUGGAAUUACUUCACGCUAGAUCCUAAGUCAAAAGAGAAGGCUAUAUGCAGCCAUUGCCGUUGCACUCAAGUGUGGUCACGGAACAAGUUCCAUGAAAUGCAAGAUUGAUCCAAAUAGUGAAGUGAACAAGAAGCUGAAAUCAACUUCCUUCUCAACAACAAAUGCUUCUUACCCUUCACAAGCCAAAUUUGACUAGGAGGAAUGUUGGAAGCGUUUGCGAAGAUGGUUGUUACUAUGGAGCUUCCUUUAAGUUUGUGGAGCAUAAAUCCUUCCGUGAAUGUACGAGUGUUGUACAACCGAGAUUCCGUCCUAUCUCAUGUCAUUCCGUUAUUUACUAUAAAAUGAUGGGUUAUACACAUGUAUCUCAUGUUUUGGCAAGAAGUCUAAAAGUCAGUUGUGAGGCACACACAUCGGCAAUGUUGAGAAACAUAGUUCUUCAAUUUAGACCUUUCAAUAUCCUACAAUAACAAAGCAUCUCAUGUUAGUGUAUGGCGUGAGAUAGGACGAAAUUUUCAGUUGCACAACACUCAUACAUUCACGGGAGGUUUUAUGCUCCACAAACUUAACAGGAAGCUCCAUGGCAACAACCAUCUUCGCAAAUGCUUUCCGACAUUCCUCCUUGUUAAAUUUGUCUUGUGAAGAGGAAGAAACAUUUCUUGUUGGGAAGGAAAUUGAUUCAGUUUCUUAUUCACUUCACUGUCCAGAUUAAUCUUGUAUUUCUUCAUAUGAUUAAUCAUGGAACUCAUUCCAUGUCUGCACUUGAGUGGGCGAUGACAAUGGUUGCCAAGUCAAGCACCACCAAAUUUGAGUUGAAUAAUACUUGGACGAAGAGAAAGAAUGGUUAGAACCCUAACUUUGAUAUCUUAAACUGGUGAAAGAUGAAUUCAACUCAAUUACCAAUCUUGGGAACAUUGCAAAAGAGGUGUUGGCUUAUACCCACCUUCACUGUGCCAUCUGAAUCUGCCUUUAGUGUUGGAGGACAGGUGCACAGAAGAUUGACUCAGAGGAUCACCUACACCAUUGCCAUCAAAAGAGAGAAUAUUGAAGAGAUUGACAAAAUUGAGCAAGAAGUGGUCUUCCCUCAAGAUGGUGGUGUUAGCUCAAGCUAUCCUAUUCUUUAUGAGGAUUAAAAUUGAAAUACUAUCUAUUCUUGUGCUUGAAGAUUCUAUGCUGGAGAGUAGAGAAAGGUGCAUGGUUGAAGGCUAGAUAACUUUCAUUCUUUCAGCACAGCAUUUGACUUAAGUCAGUGUCUCUGUCUUUCUUGUCUUGUGUACUGAUACGGUAUUGCAACCGAAAUGACACAAGCUUGGAUAGAAGCAUUGCUUUGGACUUUGGUCGUGUUUUUUGAAUUCCUUGACGUGCCAGUUGCAGCAGUUUUAAAAACGACUUAUGUGGGGAUCUCUUUGAAACCAUUUCAGAAAAUUAAAUACAUUCUUACUCAUUUCUUAUGUGAGCACAUAAAUGAAUUAUGAAGUUUUAUUUAUUUUUGUUACCUAUUAACAAAAUUGUCCACUUGAUAUAGCUUCA